AUGAGACCAGUCAAUAACUACGAAAAUUUGGAGUUCAUUAUUAAUAUUCCUUUUCAAGAUAGGUAGUAUCUUCUUGAGUAUCAAGUUGCUAUUAUUUAUAAUUUCGAACUUGUAAAGAUAUUGCAAUCUGAGUAUUUUUAAUUCUAAUUUAAUAUAUUCGAUUAUUAUUAGAAAUUUUCAGAGGGAACUAAAAUUAAUUUGAAAUUUCUGGCAUAGUUUACUAAUGAGAUCAUACCUUGCCAAGAGGAUUUAUAAAUAAAGAUUAAUUUACCUCCCUCCUGUUUAGUGAGCUUGAGUGAAUAAAUAGUUCAAGCAUUAAAACCUUUAAAGAUAAUUACAAAUUGCUAUUUUUCUAAUACAGCUCCAUUUACUUACCAAUUAAGAUAUUUUCUUCACAAUUAAGAUUUUAUUGAUUUUUUGAAUCGAAAAAAUGAUUAUUCAUUAAUCUUGAGUAGUUAUUCAAGCUCAUAUAUUAUUGAAUGCUCUUUACCGUUUUCUGAUGGCAUUCUUCUAAUAUAAGCAAUGGAUUCUAAAGGAUCUUACUCAAAUAUUUAGAAAUAGUUAAAUAUAACUAAGACUAUGCUUAAUUGUUCCUAGAUAAACAUUCAGCAUUAUACUUUAAGAUAUUAAAUUUCAUUAUUAUUAGAAAUUCUAUUGAACCAUUAAUAAUAAUAAAAUUGUAUUGAUCUUUCCAAAUAGAUAUAUUCAAAUAUCAAAACCUUUUUAGAUGCAGAAGAGAAUGAUGAUCAAUUAUUAGUUUAUCAAACCGUGAAACUGUAUAAAAGAAUAAUCCAAGAUCAUGAUAAUUUAAACUCCUAAAAGAGAUUAUUAAAUUAGAAUUCAGAGAGUUGCUUUUAAAAUUCUACAAAAUCCUUUUAUGUCCAAAGUACACUAUUUAAUACUUCAUCAAUUGUCACUGCCUCUAGUUUACAAGCAGAGUUACAAUAUAUGAAUGCUACUGUUCAGAAAAUGAUAACAAAGUUAAUAGAUAUUAAGGAUUAAAUUAACUAAAAUGAUGUGCUCUUGAAUGAAAAAUUGUAUUAGAGCAAAGUAGCUUUUUUGGACUCUUUAGUAGCGGCAUCUCUUUUAAUGGAGGAUGUAUUUCUUAAGAUUCCAAUGGCCACCAUUAAUUCUAAUUUAGAUAAAAAAUAGAUUAUUAAUGUAGCAGAGGGAUUAAUAAGUCUUAUUGAUGAAAUUUCAAUGCAUGUUAAUGUUUAGGCAAAAGUAAAUGGCUCUCCAUUAAUUAAUGAUGGGCAAAUCAUAAAAUGGUAAUUGUCCAAAAUUACUAAAGGAAAGUUUAAUACGCAAUUUAACAUUGAAAGAGAUUAAUUAGAUGGUUUGAUAGACUUUGUUCAAAAAGAACAAAUAGAAUUAAAUUACAAUUAUUUAAAUCUAUCUAAAGAAUUAUAAACAUAAUUGUAAACUUUCUUUAAUAUAACCACUCUAUAAAUUAAUGAGAAUACCCAAAAGAAACUUUAUCUACAAAAUCAUCUUUAUAAUAAUCGUUCUCUACAUUAUUAGGAUCCACUUACAACAUAUAUAAUCGAUAUGAUUUAAAUUCCAUACUGUUAAGAAUAGGUUACUUUAGAAAAACCCUAUUCAUAUGAUUGUGUUAAUAUCAAUAUGUAAGGAUAAUUAUUUAAAUGUGAUUUUAUAACUGAGGAAAUUAAUAAUACAACUGUGUAAGUAUUAUGCAGAUGCCAAAAAUUAGGAAGUAUCUUUUUAAUUUAAUAUCCCAACAACUCAACCAUAUAAUAAUAUAAUGGCACUUAAGAUUCUUAGGAAAAUAGAAUUGACAAUUCAAAUGUAAAAUUAGAUGAGUAACCAAUAUUAUUAUUUCAUGGCAUUUUUAUAGUUUUCUCUUUCUUCAUCUAUUAUGAAUUACUUUAAAUCGAAAUGAGAUCUAAAUAAUUACAAAUAGAAUCCAGAUUAGAAACAGAAAAUAGCAUAGAUGAAACUUUGAAAUAAGGAAAAACUUAGUAAAUCAUCUUUUAUCCAGGAAAUUUUGCUCUAUUCAAGAAAUACUUCAAAGUAAAUAGCGUUAUUAAUAUCUAGUUUAUUCAUGAAGUAUUAUCCUGCUUUUAUAUGGAAGACCCUAUUCUUCCAAAAAGCUAUCGGUUUUUGUAGCUAUCAAUAAAAUUAAGUAUUUUCAUCUUAUUUACAUUUUUGUAAGUAAAUUUGAUAGAUAUGUAUCCAUUAUUCAUAAUAUUAUUCGUCAAUUGCGGAAUUUACUUACUUAUUAGAAUGAUUCUAAAGAUAGUUUAGUCAAUUUACAGAUUUGGUGGGAAAUGUAGUAAUUCUAUUGUAAUCUUUUAUAUACUAAUACAUAUAUUAUGUUAUGUAGGGGUUGUUUUAUAAUUGAAGGAAUGGUAAAUAUGUAUUUAUCUUUUUAGUUAAAUAGACAUUUAAAUAAUUAAUUUUGAAGUAUCCCUUAUUAUAUUAGGCUCACUCUUUUAUUUUUAUGUCAUUAUUGAACCAAUUAUGAUAUUCUCAAGAAUAUUUAUUUUUAGACUUAUUGGCAUGUAAAGUAGACAUUAAAAAAUUACUCCUUUGAAUUAACUAAUCUACUUUUUUGUCUAGCAUAACACAUUAGAUUAACAUCUUAAUAAUUAUUGA